AUGAACAAUACUAUUGAAUAUCCCAAAGCAUACAAGGCCUCGCGUCAAGUUAAUGAAAUACGUGAUGUACCUGAAUCACACUAUGUAUGUCAAUGGUGGAUUCAACACUUCGACAAGAUAGAAGUAAAAGACAAUCCCAAUUCAUUUAUUCAAUUUAAGAAAAAACAUCGCGAUCAGAUUAGAUGGAAUCGUGGAUUGUUACCUUUUCGACGAUCAGGUUUAUGGAUGACUAUCAAAGUAGUCCUUCAUACUAUACUGAUCAAACGUUUGGGAGAUGUUGGUACCAUCGUUUAUAAGUUGCUGAUUACUGAUUUUCUGACACAUAUUAUUUGUACUCGACAAAUUUCCACUGAUUUAUUGGUUCAUUGUGUUAGAAAAAUUGUACGACGAUUAGAUAAAAUUGAAGAUUUAUUGACAAAAAUAGAAACAAAUAAUAUAGACACAUGGAUUCAACUGACGAAACAAAAUAUAGCACUGAAAGUGAACAAAAUUAUGCCAAAACCAGAUUGGCAAAAAAUAACCCGUUUGAACAAAAGAAAGCAAAAGAAAUUCUUCGAUAUAAACUUCAAUCCGAAGGAUCUUGAGAUCUAUGAACAUUCAUGUCUAGAAUUCAAAAUCUAUUUGAAAGAGCAAAGUUCAAACACAACAUCCAAGUCUUUCUUAGAUAUGAACAACCAUACUGACAAUAGUAAUGUUAAUCAAAUAGAUUAUAUACCUUCCAUCGAAGUAUUGACGAAACAAUUCAAUUAUACUAUCAAUGUAGCUUUGACUCGUGUAGAAAUUUGGAUUGAAUCACAUUUGGAAGAAUGGAUUAAUCGGCCAAUAACAUCUCAAAACGAAAACAAUCGUUACGAAGUUUUAUUACAUAUGUUCGAGGAGUAUCAAAAUGCUGCACUCAACCAUUACUGGUCAGGAGGAAGUUCAUCAGACCCUAUCGGUUAUAGUCGAUUUAUUCUAGCAUCACUAAUGAUUAUUCGUUCCAUGCAUCAAAAUCUUUGUAAAGAUCCAAGAUUUGAACGAUUAAAAUCACACUCUAUCGUUAUUCCAGAUCUUAUUAGUUUGUUUGAAUAUUUGACCUUACCCACCCGGGAUGAUAUGAUCAAAGCUUAUAACCUAUACAUUGAUUUUAGUGAAUUUAGUCGUAAAAUCUAUCCGGAUCUUUUAGCCGACAUCAAAUCUGUCGAUGCAUUUGGUAUUCAUUAUGCUAGACAAUCACCACCGAUGAAUGAUAGUAUACAGGCAAUCCGAAUUCAAGCUGAACAGGAGAAACAAGAAAAAAUAAAAGAAAUCGAAGAUGCAAAACAAAGUUAUAUACAACUUAUCAAUUCAGUAAACGGUCUGUCAUGUGAAUGUGUAUGUAAAGGCCUAUUUGUAACUAAAUGUAAGAAAUGUAAAAUUGAACAACAGGCUGAAAAAAUUCAGGUAAAAAUUUUCGAAUGUCCAAUACCUGCAGUACAUGAAAAUGCAUUAGCCGUUAUUUUUGAACUUCAAAUGCCUAUUGAAAUAAGAUGUUACCGAGAUGUUCUUUGGCAAUUUAUCAAUCGUCCUCGCCCAGUACGAGGCAGUAAUAUGUGUGAAUGGUUAAAAAUUUCACCCCAUGCAAGCAAGCUAGGACCUCACUUUACUAGUCCACGAGCCUACAAAGUGAAACUAAUAUCUCCAACUAACGCUAUCACACAAACUCACUAUUCCCAUCCACCAUCAAUUGCAUCUGCAUCGGUACAAGAUUUCCUUUUUGAAAAUAGUCUGCAAAUUGCAAUCUCACCGAUAGAGUCAAUUCAACCUUCCGAUGAACGUCGUAUAUUAACACCUCAACUAAAUCAUUCAGAUUACAAACAAUUACAAUUCACUCUAGAUACUACACAAUUUGUACAAAAUCAAGUCAUUGCUCAACUAUCUGACUGUCCGUUGCGACUUAAACCUACACAAUUUGUAGAAUUCGGUUCAUUUCGAUCAGGUCAUCGUUUGCAAUGGUGGAAUCUUUUACCGAUUUUUGAAAUAGAAUCAUUACCUAUCGCUGACGAAAGUAUCGUGAUAUUAAUCACACAUUCAAUAUUACAAUAUGGUCCAUUAAUAACAGAUCAAAACCUAAUUCUUAAUAGUUGGUGUACAGAAUCGCAUCAAGAGCUGCUCGAAGACCAUUUUGUAGAUGAAUUAAUUUCGAGAUUGAAUCAUCAUUUAAAUGAUUGUGAAUUGAACUGGCAAAAUGAAUUGGUCUUAGUCAUUAUUACAAUGAUUACGAUGAGAAUUUUGACUAUUUGUAAUCCAACAAAGGAAGAUAAAACUGCUGAUUUAGCCAGAAAAUGUCGUAAAAUUGGUGAAAAAUGGGUUGACUUAAUUUCGGCAACUAUUCAAACUGUAUCACCUUCAGAUUUUGAUGAAGUCAAUAAACUUCGUCUCAAAUUAGUAAAUAUCGGUCUUGCAUGUCUUCUAACAUUUUCAACUCAUCCAGAUCGAAUACGAUAUUUAUUGUCUUCGAAUGAACAUGUCGUAUCUUUAUUGAAAGCUGCAACUACGAUUCAUGAUAAUAUUCUUUUGAAUAGAAACCCAUCUGAUAGGAGCACUUUCAUGGGAAAUAUCAUGCGAUUUAGUGAACGUGUUCUUGUAAUACUACAACCAACAAUUGCAGAACAUCUUCAGAAGACAGCUUUCCAAAGUUUAAAUGAUUUUGUUGCUAUUUAUUGGUCAGUUAUAAAGACUAAUGGUAAUAUGAAUGGACAAUGGAAGAAGCGAUAUAUUGAUACGUAUGAUGGCUGGUACGAUUGUCAAUAUGAUUCAAGAUUAAUAUCGAUUGAUUGUAUUCAAGGAACAUUUUUAGUUGAUGGAAUGACUAUUGGUUUUUUGCCUAGUCCGAUUACUUCGAAUAAAUUAUUUAUUCGUGUAUUUGCUUCUCAUAUCUUUGAAGUUCAACAAGCUGAAUUACCUUAUACAUAUAUUACUAAACAUUCUUAUCAUGAUGGAAGAGUUUUAUAUGAAUUUUAUUUUAAUAAUCAAAGCAGUCAUUUGAUAAUUAAAGAACGACAUAUACAGACAAAUCAUGUCUUUCAAUUGAUUCCACAUCAUUAUUUUGAAAAGGAACUUUCCGAUACGUUUGUUUCAAAUUAUAGCCAUUGGUGGAAUACAGGAAAUCAACAACUACAGUUUCGAUCUAUUCAUUUUCAAAAUACCGAGUUCUUGGAUAACACACCUUAUGUAUUAAAUAUGGAUACAGGACGCAUUACUACUACUGAAACUGGCAACGCACAAGUGUUGGUCAAUCAGGUAUCAGCAUUCUUUCGAAAUUUAUUUGCAAAAUAUUUUGUUCGUCUUGAUGACAAGCCAUAUGUUUACAUGAUGUCAGAUCACAGUUCUCAAUCGCAAACUAUUAUUCAUAUCCAUUUGUCUCGAUUAGGAAUCGCUUUUCGAUAUAAUUCUGCAACUGAAUUAAUUACCUCUCGCGAAUAUUCAGACAUGCGUGUUGACGUAGAUCAAUGGUUAGGAACAUUAACAGGUUUAACAUCUGGUCUUCUCCUAUCACCGUUACCCGUUAAUAAUCAGAGAUUAGAUAAUUAUCCUUAUCGAAAAUUAAUCGUUCCUUUUGGAGAAGUUGAAAGUAGCAUGACUACUGUUAACAUCCAUCAAACCGUAACCAUUCGACGAACAUCAGUCACCACAGAUCUUCUUCGCCACUAUUUUGUUUUUAUAUUAAAUGAUCGACUCAAUAUUCUUCAAUCUACCGAUAGUCCUGCUGGGUGGCUCUAUUUAUCACUAUUACAUGCAAAAACGUCCAAUCCAUUACCAGAUGAAUAUACGAAAAUGACUGGAAUGGAACGUGCCUUUCAAUUGUUAAAUUCAGCUGGAUGUUCGUCAGAUCAACCUUUCGAUGCACUUUCGCUUAAUAUUCUUGCUCAAAUAGCAUCGAUUUCACCAAAUGUCAACUAUUAUCCACAACAUCUACAAUGUAUGGUAAAGAUAGAGUGGAUUUCAAACGAGUUGCCAUAUUCCAUGCAACAUUUUGGCUAUUAUUUGAUAACAAAGAAAUUGAUCAGUGCUAGUCAUCAAUUGAAUUUUAUGUAUCCAUCGCUGGCUUCAAAUUAUUCACCAGAAAUAUUUAGAGGAAAUUCGUAUGAUGAAACAUUACUGAAAAAACUGUACUGGGAUUAUCGAGACUCAUACAAUCCUAUUGCUAGAUUAUCUGCAGAUAUGGAAGCAGAUAUACAACGAUUACUUCAGACAACGCCAUAUCAACCACACGUACAAAACUACUCGUCUGUCACUGAUAAUAGAACUAUUCAGUUGGUAGAUGGUUUAUAUAGUGAUGGUAAUGUAAAUCUGAUAGAGUAUUCAUUGAAUAAUUGGUUACCUUUGUCACAGUGGUGGACUGCUGGAUAUGCGUUGAGAAAUAUUUGGGUCGGUCUAUUAAAACUAACUGAGCGUUUUAAACAAGAACGAAUUGAAAACAUUGUAGACGAUAUUGGACGAUUCGAAAUCUUAUUAGACUUUUUCUAUUAUAAUUCUGACAAACUUGGGAUUAAUCCAUUUUAUUUACAAAUGCUACAAACAGCACUGAAAGCACCAACUAUAUCAUUGACAUCUAUCGAAUUUCCUUUAUUUAAAAACUACCAAAAAAUCGGAGAUACUUCAGUCGUUUUUCGAAGCAAUCUUACUUCACGUCAAGAAAAAGGAGUUAAAGCUGGUAUGCGGAAAUGUUUAGAACAGGGUGUACAGUUCAUAGAUUAUCACAAUCGUUUGAGUUCAAGAGAUGUAUCUAAUAUCAAUCGAUUAUUAAGACAAUGGAGCUCUAACAUAAAACUUCAAUCUUUUUUAAUAGAUGUUCAAAGUCGCAUCUGCGCUGUUUCAAUAAAACCGUUCAGAAUCAAAGUACCAUUUUAUGCUCAAAAAUUUGAAUAUGAACAAAUGAAAGAUCGUCAUCAGAUAUAUGUCAAAUCGAAUAGCAAAUCAAUCGAUCGAACACUGCUAAAAAAUGCGAAACAAACAUUCCAUCAGUUCUCUUCAGAUCAUUUUAACAAAACAACAAUACCUUUUCAAUCUGCUAAAAAUUCGAAAGCAUUUCCACAAAAUAUUUUUCCUUCUAACAACGAUCGAAAUAAUUCUCUCAGUGAAUUGACCAACUAUUUUAAGAAGCAAUUAAGUGAAAGUUGGGAAAAGCUUGUAAAUGACGAACAAAUCGAAAAAAAAGAUCCUUCAGCUGAAGAAAUUUUCACACGUCUCAACUCUCUGAAACAAGAAUUAACACAAAGCUGGAAUGAACUAAUCAACUCUAUUACAUCAUCUCAUGAACGACUGUUCGAAUCUGGCGUAGUUUCAAGAAUCACACCAACGACUCUUAUCUCUCUUUUUCAACAAAAGGGAACAACAUUCGAUCUGACUAACGAUCAACGAACAUUAUUAGGUGGUAUUCUUGUUAAUUGGACAUUGGAACAACAAUUGGAAAGGGUUUUAUAUUUUAUUGCUCUUAAGAAACAAGAUGAUUUCAAAGAAGAAAUAUUAAAUAUGCCUCAUUCUAACUGGGUACCAUCUGAACAUAUUCCAUGGUUAAUCUUAGAAUUAGAAAUGAAUAUAACCAUUCGAGAAAUACAAAUAAAGGUCGCACGUCAUAUGAUGCAACUAACUACAGAUACGAAUGAUAAAGCGAUAAAAAAUAUUGUCAUGCAAAUGAAUAUGGGUGAAGGAAAAACUUCAGUUAUAUUACCCAUGUUAGCUCUUAGUCUAUCUUCAUUUAAUUCCAGUUUAGUUCGUAUUAUUGUAUUGAAAUCAUUAUUUCCGACUAAUUAUCAAUCGUUACGUUAUAAAUUAGGUGGUUUACUUAAUCGACGUAUUUUUCCAUUUGUGUGUCGUCGUGAUUUGAAUUUUAGUGAUUCUCAAAUACAACAAAUUGAUAAUCGUUUUAGACAAGGAUUGGAGAACUGUGAUGUGGUUUUAACUUCUCCCGAAGAUAUUUUAUCCUUCGAUUUGCUCACUAUAGAUAAAUGUCAACGAGAGGAUUUUGCUGCAGGUCGCUCAAUGUUAAUACUUCAACGAUGGUUGAAAGCUUAUACUCGUGAUGUAUUAGAUGAAUCGGAUGAAAUUUUACACGUUAAAUAUCAAUUAAUCUACACUGUGGGUACUCAACAGCAAGUCGAUGGAGGUUCAGAACGAUGGAUAGCUAUUCAAUCGGUACUUGACUUAGUUAAAAAACAUGCUACACAAAUUGCAAAUGAUUUUAGUAAUGACGUUUGCUACAAAUCACCUGAACGAACAAGUGCUUUUCCACAAUUUCGUUUGCAAUCACAUGUACCAUUUCCAGAAUUGUGUAAAAGAAUAGCCAAUGCUUGGCUCGAUCAACAAAAUUUUUGUCAAACUGAUAAAGAGCUUAUUAUAUCGUUUGUUUUAGAAAUCGAUUCAUCUAUUGAUUGCCUUAUGAAUAGAUUUUCAAAGGAUGAUAUUCAAUUAUUUCUCAUCAUUCGUGGUUUGUUGUCAUCAGAAGUGUUAUUAAUUGCUUUGAAAAAACGAUAUCGAGUUAAUUAUGGUCUAAAUCCAAAUCUAUCUUUUAAUCGACUCAUAGCUGUACCAUUUCGUGCUAAAGAUGUUGCAGCGGAUAGAACUGAAUUCGGUCAUCCAGAUAUUGCACUUGUCUUAACACAUCUUACUUAUUAUUAUUCUGGUCUAAAUGAUUCUCAAUUAACUCAAUGUUUCGAUCGUUUAAAUGAAAAAGAAACUGAUCCUGCAUCAAUUUAUGAUGAAUGGAUUUCACGUGAAGAUAUCAAUGAUAUACCUACAAGUAUUAAACAUUGGAAAGGAGUGAAUUUGAAAGAUUAUCAACAAAGAACUCACUACUUAUUUCCAACAUUAAGAUACAAUAUGUUAGUAAUCAAUUACUUUCUAAAUUAUUUUGUAUUUCUUCGAGAAGCAAAACAAUUUCCACAUAAAUUAGUUGCAACAGCUUGGGAUUUGUCUUCGUCAUCACGAUCGAAAAUUAUCACUGGAUUUAGUGGUACAAAUGAUACACAGUUAUUAUUACCUAUUCAUAUCCGCCAGUACGAUUUACCUGAACUGCAAAAAACUGAUGCCAUUGUUGUUAAUAAUUUAUUACAACCAGAAAAUGAAAGUUAUCGACCUUUACCGAUCAAUGUUACGUCAAUGGAGAUUUUAGAACUAAUCAUACGCUUCGAAAAGAAUAUCAAUGUUAUUUUAGAUGUUGGGGCGCUAUUUGUUGAUGGAACUAAUCGAGAUAUUGCUAUGAAAUGGUUGAAUCUAUCCGAUAAAACCAAGAUUGAUUAUGUUGUUUAUUUUGAUUCUGAUUCAAUAGUUGUUUGUGAUCGACAAAGUCAUCUUUCUCAUCCAUUCGUCACGUCUUCAGCGAGUGAGCGAUUGGAUCGUUGUGUAUUUUAUCUAGACGAAAUUCAUACAAGAGGAACAGAUUUCAAAUUUCCAAAAGAAUUUCGCGCUAUAGUGACACUAGGAAAUGGCUUAACCAAAGAUCGUUUUGUUCAAGCAUGUAUGAGAAUGAGAAAACUAGGAAAUGGUCAUUCAUUAGCAUUCUGGAGUUCAUACGAAGUUCAUCAACAAAUUACAACAUUAAAGACAAAUUUAUCUAGUCGAAUUGAAGGAGAAUCGAAUAUGAAUAAUAGCAAUGUAAUACAUAUUCUUCGCUGGGUUUACGAGAAUACAGUGCAUGCCACAUGGGAUGGAUUACAUCAUUGGGCUUUACAAAGUUCAAGUUUUCAACGGAAGAUUGCAGCUUUUCAAUCAAUCAAUUGGAAUAAUUUUGAACAACUAUUCUUAGAUAAAAUGAUGGCAGAAUUAGCCAGAGAAUGUUUAGAAUCAGAAAUCAUUGAAUUAGCAUUUAUGUAUGGUGCAGGUAAAGCACUUCGAACAGUAAAAGACAUUCACAUUGAUCGAUACCGUCAAAGCAAAUUUUGUCUAUCAUCAGAAAUAAAAGACCUAGUGUUGAAACGACUGAUUGAAUAUGGAGGAACAAAGCAACGUUUAUCACAAUUAUUAGAUGAAGAACAACAACGAGAAUUAGAACAAGAAUUAGAAGAAGAACGACAACUAAAGCGUCUUCCACCUGCUGAAGCAUAUUCACCCAUAUUACAUCAAGAAAUCAAAAGAUUAUCUAAUACAGAGGAUACUAUGAUGGAUCUAACACAGUUUCCCAACAUAUUUCGUCCUUUGCCAGAUGCUUUCAUUGACACAACAUUCCAUCUUAACUGUCAAUCUAAUAGUUGGUCCUCAAAUCUAUGGAUUACAACAGAAUUUCAGCGUAUUAUUACAACUAAAGGUGAACCAUUAGAUUCAUUUCUACGUACUCCACGGUGGCUUUUAGUCUAUCGGAAUCAACAAUAUAUCUUUGUUAAUGCAUUAGAAGCGAAUUGGUUGAUAGGACGUUUACGAUCGAAUAAAUCUCCGACAACGACUUUACGCUUAUUAUUACCACGUAUAAAAAAAAAUCAAUCAAUACUUGUCAAUACUUCAACUCUGACAGUUCCUCCAUUAAUUAAUUUCCCCAAUGAAGCUACUGCUGUCAACAUACCAUUCGAUUACUUGGUUCAACUAUUCAUAUUCAACGGUACUCUCUUUUUCGAUAACGUUACCGAGCAAACCGAAUAUUGUCAAUGUUUACGUUUAUGUCCUAAACCUCGAACAGAAAAAGAAGAAAAAGCUUUUGAAAAAAGAUGGAUCGAUAGUGAUGGAUUUAUAAGUGAUCCUCGGUAUUAUCAUCAUUUACAAAUUGCGCAAGCUCGAUUUAAGUCCAACCCACUCGCAUUUAUCAAACAAGUUAUCGACAAUCGAAAUAAUUCACAUGUACCUCUAUCAUCACAUGUUGGUAGUAUUAUUUUCAAAUCAUUAAAACUCAUUAAAUAA